UGAAGACAACAACACCAGUGUGACUGUGGCCAGCAAUGGCAGCUCCUCCUGGACACCGACAGACCACCGUUGGGGCCAGACAGACCACUGGUACCGCUGGCAGCGCUGUGUCCAUGGAGGUCGAUCCAGACGUCCGGGAGCUGCGGAGGAAGCAGACGGAGAUGGUUCAAGCGAUGCAGAGCAAAAAGAAAGGCUUCAAACUGGAUGACGUGGCCAAUCUGGUCCUUUCCAUGCAUUCAGAUUUGAACGCCACGCGUGAUGAGUUGCAGCGCUACAUCUCCAUGUCUGACAAGCAACUGUCAGAACGCUUACAAGAUGGCGUGACGAAGCUAUCGGUGUUUCAACAGAACCUGGAGGCCAAUGAUCGGUCAAUCGUCGACAUGCACCAGAAACUGACAGCCAAUGAUGAGCGCCUGCAUCAGCUUGCCAUACAAACGGCCAAAGACAUUGAGGAGUCGUUGAACAAUCGAAUGCAGGCCUUGCAGGACAAGAUGGAUCAAGAGAUGCAGCACAAGGCCAAUCAGUUGCAGGAGCUCUUCGAGACCAUGGACCUCACGCGUCGUCAGCUCAUCGCCAAGGAAGCCUUGCUGCGCAACGAGUCACGCGUCUUGCGGGGUGUCUCAGAUGUCUCAGGUUAUGGCCACGGCUGUGGCCAGAUGCACAAGAACAAUGAACUCAUCACGGGGUCCCUGAAAGCUUCAGAGAAGGAGAUGCAGCGAUGUCAGUGGCUGGUUUUGUUCCUUGUCCAAGCGGAAAAGGAGUUGCAUAGCACUGCGGACCGCUUGUCGAAUGUUCAGGCAACUUGUGAAGAAAAUACUUGCGACCGGAUGGACAAGGCCUCCGUGCUCCAUGUCUCCCUGGAAGAAUUGACGUGUCCAACUGUUGUGGCAGAUCGCUUUGCCAACGAUCUCCACAGAGACCUGACGUUGUUGAUGGAGAAGGACGCCUCCGUUCAGCUGGCCAAAUUGGCUCAGAAGAGUGACCUGGUCUCGACACCUCCUGCUUGGGUAUCUCCAAUCUUUGAGGCAGCAGGUGCUCAUGACCUUCAGAUGGAGCUGCGGUUCCUGAGGCCUACAGAAGUUCAAGCAGACCAAGAUCAAGACUCCAUGGCAACGCGGGGAGACUGCGUGUUAGCCUUGAAGGGCGAUCCUGGGCUCUUUGUGGUGUGCAGACUCUACGUAGGCACUGCAUUUGCUCAAGUAGAGCACACCUUUGGAGAUGAUGGCCAGGCAGUUUGCACCAAGCCGGUUUGCUUCAUCCGUGACCAGAUCAACGAGAAGGAUGGCUCUUUGGUCGUCGGCUUUGAAGUUCUUGAGGCCAUUCGUCGCGCCAGAAAGGAUAGCCCUGCGAAGGAGGAGGCUGCGCCAGAGCGCUGUAGCCUGGGUGGAGAGAUGUUGUACCAUCGCUACCUCAAUCACAGGGUGCUGGACAUUCUGCAAGACCAGGUGAAUCUCAUCAGGUCCGGAAUGGUCCGGCGUAUCGAAUGGCGACUGGAAAAGGCUUCGCACCUUAGAAAGUGUUUUCCAGAGAAUGAAUGCCUUUGCAGCACCACUUUUGAAGCUGCGGGUGUCGACGAUUUGCAGCUUGUCUUCUACCCUUCAGGAUAUGUUGGAGCAAGAGAAGGUUUCUGUUCCUUCUUCCUCCAUUGUCCAGCAGGGAGUAUGAUCAAGUGCUGGCUUUCCGUUGGCAAACAUCGCCGAGAGGCCAAAUGUGCCUUCGAAAAGCCGGGUUUCUUUGGCCGCACCAACUUUUGCCGUUUCGACAACAGUAUUGACACCACGGACGAUACCACUCUGCUGGUGUUGGAGAUUGAUGAGGCUCAAUGGAACAUUGAGGAGAACUUGUCGCACUUGCCAAAGGUUAGCACAGUGUCUACCAAGCACAACAGCAGCAUCCUUGACGAAGACUCAAUGCCACCAAGUCCGAUUUCCCAGAUGUUUGCCGCAGUGGCCUUGCUUUCCGUUUUUGCAGCUGAUGCAACUGCACCUGCUGCACCUGCCAGCAUUGCUAACCUGGCCACCAAUCCAGCCAACACGGAUGCACACCUCAAGUCUGUGGCUGGAGCACUGACAGAUCUCCUGAAGACCAAUGGCGCCAAUCAGGCCAGCAAUACAUCCGACAUCGUGAAGACGAUCAAGGAUUUGCUCGAGAAGAACAUGAAAGGCCAUGUGAUCGGCAACUUCAACAAGAGCCUUGCGGCCAUCGAAUCUUCCCGGAACGAGUUCGUGAAGUGCCGCCUGACCUACGCGAAGUCGGAUCCCGUCCGAUUUCCAGCAACCUCGUUGCUCCAGGCCAACGGCACGAACAGCACUCCUUGGUACGAGGCCUAUUUCCAGGCCUACAGUCAGUGCAAGGCUGGAUCGGUUUGCAUCAGAAUGCAAUAUAAUUAUAUAUAUAUAUAA